AUGGCUGGCCGAGAUGUUGCCAAGGGUGCUGUGCUGGGGGCGACAUCAGCUACGGCGCUGGCAGUAAUGCUAAUGCGGCGAUAUCUGCGAGAGGAACUUCGACCAGCGGUGCUCUUUCACUCUCCUGUCGAUGAAAAGCACCCCGAGGACCAGCGACUUCUCCAGCAGGUGAAGCUUGUGUUGAGUGACUACUGGCCACACCCGAUCUUGGAGUUCAGCGGCUACUUCUCGACCAUGUACAGCUGCCUAUGGGCAGUGAUGCCUUCUAUGCACAUGCGGGGCCGCAUGGAGGUCCUGGAGUUGUCGGAUGGAGGCACUAUGUCGCUGCACUGGUACGAGCCUCCCCUCACCGAUAGUGGCCGAGUUGUCGUGCUCUUGCCGGGCCUCAACAACGACAGCCGAACCAGUUUCGUACAGAGCUCGAUGCGGCACUUCCGCCACGAAGGCUUUCAGGCCGUCGCUUUGAAUUAUCGUGGCUUGGCCGGACAGGAGCUCAAAACCUCCAAGGUGGGCUGUGCGGAUUGCUGGCGCGACAUGCCCGAAGUGGAGGAGCACCUUGGGAAGGUAUGUGCUGGAGCCGAGUUCUCGGCAGUGGCCUUCUCGAUGGGUGGCGUCAUUCUCCUGCGCCACCUGGGUGAGAUGGGUGCAAAGACGCUCUUCUCUUCUGCCGUCACCGUUGCCUCUCCCGUCGAUGUGCCCGCGGUCAUCAGCUCCUUCAACUCAAGUAUCCGCAAGAGACUCACCAACUACAUCAUGACCACCGGCGUCAAGAGGUCAAAGUUUCGCCACCUUGUCGACAUGAACAAGCUGCUCAGCGCUCGGGGAAUCGCAGAUAUCGACCAGGCUGCCAUCUGCCCGCUCCAUGGCUAUGCUACUGCAUCUGAGUACCAUGAAGCGAUCAGCCCUCGUCCUCAUCUCAACAAGAUCUCCAUUCCGACCCUGCUGGUGCAUGCAGAGGAUGACCCGGUCAUAAGCUACUCCACCAUGCCCUUCCAGGACCUCCGCCGGAAUCCGAAGCUCUAUGUCGCCGUCACGAAGCGCGGUGGACACAUCGGCUGGGGGAGCGGAGGGCUUGGUGCCGGAGCAUGGACAGACACCAUGGCUGCGCACUUCAUGCAGGCGACCUCCCGCACGCAGAGUCGGGACAUAGAGGGCACCGGUAUUGCAGGAACGGAGACACGGCCUUUCCCGGCUCCUUUCUCGCGCUUGUGA